AUGGCUCAUUCAAAAACUGCCAUUUUGUCGGUUUACGAUAAAACCGGAUUGUUGGACUUGGCCAAAGGUUUGACCGCUGCCAAUGUCAGAAUUUUGGCCUCUGGUGGAACUGCCAAGUUGGUUCGCGAGGCAGGUUUCCCUGUUGAAGACGUUUCCUCCAUCACCCAUGCUCCUGAGAUGUUGGGGGGUAGAGUGAAGACUUUGCACCCAGCCGUACACGGUGGUAUUUUGGCCAGAAACUUGGAAAACGACGAAGCUGACUUGGCCGCUCAGGGUAUUGAGAAGGUUGACUACGUUGUCUGCAACUUGUACCCAUUCAAGGAGACCGUUUCCAAGGUCGCCGUCACUGUUGAUGAAGCAGUUGAGGAAAUUGACAUUGGUGGUGUCACUUUAUUGAGAGCCGCCGCCAAAAACCACGCUAGAGUGACCAUCUUAUCUGAUCCUAAAGACUACCCUGUCUUUUUGGAGGAAUUAAAGUCCGGUGAAAUUUCUGCUGAUACCAGAAACAGAUUGGCUCUCAAGGCUUUUGAGCACACUGCUGAUUAUGAUGUUGCCAUUUCUGAUUUCUUCAGAAAGCAGUACUCUGAGAACGUUUCUCAAUUGCCCUUGAGAUAUGGUGCCAACCCCCAUCAGAAGCCUGCCCAGGCUUUCGUUCCUCAGGGCGAAUUGCCAUUCAAGGUUUUGUCUGGCUCUCCUGGUUACAUCAAUUUGUUGGACGCUUUGAACUCAUGGCCCUUAGUUAAGGAGUUGUCUGCAUCCUUGAACUUGCCGGCUGCCGCUUCUUUCAAGCACGUGUCUCCUGCUGGUGCUGCAGUUGGUUUGCCUCUUUCCGACGUUGAGAAAAAGAUUUACUUCGUCGAGGACAUUGAGAACUUGUCUCCAUUGGCCAACGCUUACGCCAGAGCCAGAGGAGCCGACAGAAUGUCUUCUUUUGGAGACUGGAUUGCGUUGUCGAACAUCGUUGACCUCCCAACUGCCCAAAUUAUUUCCAAAGAGGUCUCCGACGGUGUCAUUGCUCCAGGCUAUUCUGAGGAGGCUUUGGAAAUCUUAAGGAAAAAGAAGGGUGGUAAAUACUGUAUCUUGCAGAUUGAUCCAAACUUCACUCCCGAUGCUAUUGAGUCUAGACAAGUAUAUGGUAUAACUUUGCAACAGAAGAGAAAUGACGCAAUCAUCAAGGGUUCCUCCUUCAAGGAGAUUGUCUCCUCAAACAAGGAAUUGACUGAGCAAGGCACAGUUGACUUGACUGUUGCUACAAUUGCAUUGAAGUACACUCAAUCCAACUCUGUCUGCUAUGCUAAAAACGGUAUGGUGAUUGGUUUGGGUGCUGGUCAGCAGUCGAGAAUUCACUGCACCAGAUUGGCUGGUGAGAAGGCCGACAACUGGUGGUUGAGACAGCACCCUAAAGUGUUGGGCUUUCAGUGGGCCAAGGGUGUCAAGAGACCGGACAAGUCCAACGCUAUCGACUUGUACGUCACCAAUCAGAUUCCUAAGAGUGAACCUGAAAAGAGCGAGUACGAGUCCAAGUUCGCCGAGGUUCCUGCCCCAUUGACCGAGGAAGAGAGACAGGAGUGGAUGAACAAGCUAAACGGUGUCGCUUUGUCAUCAGACGCUUUCUUCCCAUUCCCAGACAAUGUGCACAGAGCCGCCAGAUCGGGUGUGAAGUUCGUCGCUGCUCCUUCUGGUUCUGUAAUGGACAAGGCAGUAUUUUCUGCCGCGGACUCUUACAACAUGGUGUACGUUGAGAACCCUAUCCGUUUGUUCCACCAUUAA